AUGGACGCGAUGCAAUGGCAGCAACCCUCAUCACCAUCAUCAUCAGCAGCAGCAGCAAUGUCUCUCUACGACGACGGCGACGGAGACGGUGAAAGUGAUGAAGGGUUUGGUGAGGAGAGGAGAUCUCUGUACUGGAGCUCCGGCGGCGGAGGAAGUCGGUACCACAUAUCGUACGGGGCGCUGUCGGCGAACAGAGUCCCCUGCCCACCGCGCUCUGGAAGGUCUUACUAUACCAAUAACUGUCAUACCACGAAGCAGCCUGCUAACCCUUAUCAGCGCGGCUGCUCUUGCAUCGUCCACUGCAGGAGAUAG